ACCGUGUGAAGCACAGAGAGAACCUCAGGGCAGAACUGGUUAGAGCUGAGCGGCUGAGCAUAACCUUAACACAGACAGAACCCUAACACAGACAGUAGGAACUGUAAGUGGUCACAAGUAGAGGCUGGAUCAUGGUCUUCAGUGGCUGGCUGUGGGUUGGUACGAUGGUCUGUGUCCUGCUAAAGGGAUCCUGGGGGCAACUAGCUGUGUGUGGUAGACCUCCACUCAACACCAGGAUUGUUGGAGGCCAGGACGCUGGUCCAGGUAAUUGGCCCUGGCAGGCCAGUCUUCAGCGUUCAGGCAGCCACUUCUGUGGAGGUUCUCUCAUCAACAAUGAGUGGGUCUUAACGGCAGCUCAUUGCUUUAGGAGUCUCAGCUCUGUCACUGGCCUGACGGUUGUCCUGGGUCUUGAGGAUCUGGAAGGCAGCAACACCAACAGCGUGACCCGCAGUGUGAGCAGGAUCAUCAGCCAUCCCAGUUACGACAGCGCCACUUUAGACAACGACAUCGCUCUGCUUCAACUCAGUGCCCCAGUCACCUUCACCGACUACAUCAGUCCUGAAGUGGAAGUUCCUGUGCUGGGGAAAAGACAGUGUGACUGUUUCUAUGGAGUCCGAAUCAGUAUCACAGAUAACAUGAUCUGUGCUGGUCUACGAGCUGGUGGGAAAGGCCCCUGUAAAGGAGACUCUGGGGGACCGAUGGUGACCAAACAAGACUCUGUGUGGGUCCAGUCUGGUGUCGUUAGCUUUGGAAUCAUAUGUGAUGAGCCUGCAGUCUUCACCAGGGUGUCCCGUUAUGAGAGCUGGAUCAACUCCCACAUCAGCAGUGACCCUCCAGGCUUCGUCCAGUUCACCUCCAGUGGGGUUGAUGCUGACAACAGCUUCUCUUGUUUUCCCACGACAACCACUACAACAACUGCUACCACCACCACGACAACAACUACAACCCAGCCCGCUCGUCCUGCCCCGACUGUAGUGCUGCAGGUUGUCCUCACCAUCGUUUACACCGAGGAGCUAAGCAACCCACAGAGCCAAGAAUUCCAACAGCAGGCUGCUCAGGUAGUUGCUGUGUGUGACGCCAUCUACCGGACACAGUAUGGAACCCUCUUUGUGAGGACCAUUGUGGUAGCCUUCAGGCAGAGUUCUCGUAACCGUGUGGAUGAUGUGGAGACAGACGUUGAGCUGGUCUUUAAUGAGAAUUCCACUGAGUCGGUACCGGAGAGUGCGGACAUCGUGAACACCCUGAAGGAGGCUGUGAGUGACCCCGCCUCCAAUUACACACUGCCCGUCGAUGUGGACUCCAUCAAGGUCACCAGUGCUCCAAGGACUGCUUCCAAUGUCCAGUUUGCUACCAGUGACACAUUCAACACAGCCUUGUCCAACUCCAGCUCCACCACGUUUAAGGACCGAGCUUCACUCAUCAAAGGACAGCUGGAGCCCUUCUUCAUUGAAGACUUCAGCCCUCUCUUCAUCAGCCUCAAUGCCAAAUCCUUCAGCAAUGGCUCCAUCAUCCACGAGACGGAUUUGACCUUCACAGCCGACGGGACUCUUCCCAACAGUACGGCCAUCUACAACACUAUGCUCCGUGCAGCCCAGAGUGGAAACCUCACUUUCACCAUCACCACACUCAACGGCACAGCUCCUGCUCCAGCAGAUGGCGCCACAACCACAGCCCCUGCCACACCAGGUGUAGGCAGCAGCAUGGGUGGGCUCUUCAGCUCCUGGAGUCUGGUGGUCAUCUCUCUAUUGGUGCCACUGCAAUGGUUGGGUCAGUGA